AUGAAUUAUAAAACCGAAAAAUUUAAUAGGAUCAAUAGAGCUAGUGAAGGUAUAAUUCUCGAAUAUAUGAAGGAAUGGAUUGAUAAUGGAAGGCCUAAUAGGAAACCUUUUGCAAUAUUGAGUACAAAAAUACCUCAUACUCCUAAGCAAAUUUGCCAUCAUUGGACCAAUAAGCUAGAUCCUAGGCUCUGUUUGAGUAAAAAAACACCAUUCAGCGAUAAUGAGAAGGAAUAUAUUUUUAAAUGGGUAAAGCAACAUCUAAAGACCAGUAAAAAGAAAGUACCAUGGAAGGUUUUGCAAACCAAAAUCUUGGAAGAAUUUGGAAAAUUUCGCGCGCGAAAUGAUAUUAAAAAUUUGUGGAAUCUUCAUAGAAAAAAAUUAGAUAAACAGGCGAAAAGUUUAUCAUCAUCAUUAUUAUUGUUAUCAAUUUAUUUUAUGUCACAAUAA